AUGGCACCUGUGUUCAGUUUGGCACGGUACAGCUCCCUGUCGCUGGCGGCCAUGGAGGAUAUGGGCUUCUACAAGGUCAACUUCAGUCAGGGGGAGCCUGUUGCCCUCGGCGCCAUCGCAGGGGGUGCGCUCUUCACAGAGCCAUGCCUGACGGGCGGCACCACCAACCACCCCGACGGUGUUCUGCGACAGCCGCAGCUCCUCGGCGCGCAGCUGCACAGCGGACCGGCUGAGCAUUGGACAGUGCGCCCUCACUACCUACUCCUCAGCUCUGCCAAGCUACGCCCAAUACUUUCCUAACCAGCCAACCCUCGGCGGCUCCCUGUCGCACAGCGACUACUGCCCCGUGAUACAGCCCCUCUCCAACACCGGGUGCGGUGGCGGCUCGCUAGGUGCAUGCCGGGCAGCGUCACUGGCGGCAACGCGCGUUGCUUUGACGCAGGCGAUCUGGUUGUAAAGUCCCCAUUCACAAACGUCGGUGCCAUCUGCGCCAAGGUGCACUGCAACAACGCGUCACGCACCUAUGCCGUGCUGGUAAGCGGCGCGAGCAUCUGGCUGUCGUGCGGCGGCGGUGGCACUGGGGUGACGGUGCAGCCAGCAGUGAGUAGCCCUGGCAUGUUCAUGAAGCGCGGCACCAUUGCCUGUCCGCCCUACGACGAUGUGUGCUACGCGAACCCGCUCGCCUUUGCAAAAGUGUAA